AUGCCACUGUGCCGGUGGGGAGCCACCGCCCGUGGCAGCAAGCCUGAUGGGAACGGAGCUCAGCCUAUGGUCAGCAGGGGAGUCCUGAGGGUACACCUGCACUGGGCUGGCCCCGGUGGUGGGGAGCCCUGGGUCACCUUCAGCGAAGCCUCACUGACAGCCGAGGAGGUCUGCAUCUACAUCGCACACAAAAUCGGCAUCACUCCACUCUGCUUCAAUCUGUUCGCCCUCUUUGAUGCCCAGGGCCAAGUCUGGCUACCCCCAAACCACAUCCUGGAGGUCCCCAGAGACUCCAGCCUGAAUCUGCACUUCCGCAUGAGGUUUUAUUUCCGGAACUGGCAUGGCAUGAACCCUCAGGAGCCAGCUGUGUACCGCUGUGGGCCCCCUGGGGCCGAGUCUUCCUCAGAUCAAGCAGAGCAUGGGCUGCAAUUCUUAGAUCCAGCCUCCUUUGAAUAUAUCUUUGAGCAGGGCAAGCAUGAGUUUGUCAAUGACGUGGCCUCACUGUGGGAGCUGUCCAGCGAGGAGGAGAUCCACCACUUUAAGAAUGAGAGCCUGGGCAUGGCUUUUCUGCACCUCUGCCACCUUGCUCUCCACCGCGGUGUCUCCCUGGAGGAGGUGGCUAAAAAGAUCAGCUUCAAAGACUGCAUCCCACGUUCCUUCCGGAGCCAGAUCCAGCAGCACAACGCGCUGACGCGACUGCGCCUGCGUAGCAUCUUCCACAAGUUCCUGCGAGCCUUCCAGCCCAGCCAUCUCUCCCAGCAGCUCGUCAUGGUCAAGUACCUGGCCACGCUCGAGCGGCUGGCGCCCUGCUUUGCCACUGAGCACAUACCGGUAUGCCACCUGGAGCUGCCGGCCCAGGCUGAGGGGAAGCUGUGCUACAUCCAGGACCACGGGCAGGCCACUCUGGACCCCGGAAAGGAGUCUGCCCUGGGACCCCCAACCCACGAGGUGCUGGUGACAGGCACCGGGGGCAUUCAGUGGCGGCCGGUACAGGCAGAGGGCUCUGGUGGCAGCGGCAGUGGCAGCAGGAAUCCUCAAGCCAACCUUUCUGGGAAGAAAGCCCAGGCUCAGGAGGUGGACCUCCAGCCAGCGAGCAGGCCAAAGGGGCUGCCCUGGGCCUCUUUCUGUGACUUCCAGGACAUCAGCCACCUGGUAGUGAAGGAGCACCAUGUCAGCGUCUACUGUCAGGACAACAAGUGCCUGGAGCUGACUCUGCCCUCCCGGGCCACGGCCCUGUCCUUCGUGUCACUGGUGGAUGGCUAUUUCCGCCUGACGGUCGACUCAAGCCACUACCUGUGCCAUGAGGUGGCUCCCCCACGGCUGGUGAUGAGUAUCCAGGAUGGGAUCCACGGACCUUUGCUGGAUCCAUUUGUGCUGGCCAAGCUCCAGCCCGAGGACGGUCACUACCUCAUCCAUUGGAGUAGCAGCCACCUCUACCGCCUUAUCCUCACCGUGGCCCAGCGUGACCAGGCACAAGGCUCACGGAGCUUGCGCUUACGGAAGUUCACCAUCGAGCAGCAGGCUGGGACCUUUACACUGGAGGGCUGGGACCGGUCCUUUCCCAGUGUAGGGGCACUACGGGCCGCCCUGCAGGACUGCUCACUGCGUGUUGGGGAUGACUGCUUCUCCCUGCGGCGCUGCUGCCUGCCACUGUCAAGAGAGCUCUCCAACCUCAUCAUCAUGCGGGGGCCUGCGGCCAGCACCAGGCCACUCAACCUCAGCCAGCUCAGCUUCCACCGGGUCUGCCGGGAGGAGAUCACCCAGCUGUCCCACUUGGGCCAGGGCACGAGGACCAAUGUGUAUGAGGGCCUCCUGCGUGUGAAGGGCAGGGACUCUGAGGAGGACAAGGAGGAAGGCGGGGACCCCCUCUCACCCAGUAGGGGCAGCGGGCAGGAGCUCCGAGUGGUGCUCAAGGUGCUGGACCCCAGUCACCAUGACAUCACCCUGGCCUUCUACGAGAUUGCCAGCCUCAUGAGCCAGGUCUCCCACGUGCACCUGGCCUUUGUGCACGGCAUCUGUGUACAUGGUUCUGAGAACAUCCUGGUGACGGAAUAUGUGGAGCAUGGGCCCUUGGAUGUGUGGCUGCGGCGGGAGAGAGGCCAUGUGCCUGUGGCCUGGAAGGUGGCAGUGGCCCAGCAGCUGGCCAGCGCCCUCAGCUACCUGGUUUGUGGCCUGUGGGAGGACAAGAACCUGGCUCAUGGCAAUGUGUGUGGCAGGAACAUUCUGUUGGCCCGGCCGGGCCUGGCAGAGGGCACCAGCCCUUUCAUCAAGCUGAGUGACCCUGGCGUGGGCCUGGGCACCCUCUCCAGGGAGGAGCGGGUGGAGCGGAUCCCCUGGAUGGCCCCUGAGUGCCUACCCGGUGGGGCCAACAGCCUGAGCACUGCGGCCGACAAGUGGGGCUUCGGUGCCACCCUCCUGGAGAUCUGCUUUGACGGUGAGGCCCCCCUGCAGGGCCGCAGCCCUUCUGAGAAGGAGCGUUUCUACCAGAAGCAGCAUCAGCUGCCUGAGCCUUCGUACCCAGAGCUAGCCACCCUCACCAGCCAGUGCCUGACCUACGAGCCAGCCCAGCGGCCGUCCUUCCGCAUCAUCCUGCGCGACCUCACUCGGCUGCAGCCCCACAAUCUUGUUGACGUUUCUGCUGUGAGCCCGGACUUGCCAGCGUCAGACCCCACGGUUUUCCACAAGCGCUAUUUGAAAAAGAUCCGGGAGCUGGGCGAGGGUCACUUUGGCAAGGUCAGCUUGUACUGCUAUGACCCGACUAACGAUGGCACUGGUGAGAUGGUAGCCGUAAAGUCCCUGAAGGCAGGCUGCGGCCCCCAGCUUCGUUCGGGCUGGAAGCGUGAGAUCGACAUUCUGCGCAGGCUCUAUCACGAACACAUCGUCAAGUACAAGGGUUGCUGCGAGGACCCAGGCGAGAAGUCGGUGCAGCUGGUCAUGGAGUACGUCCCCCUGGGUAGCCUCCGAGACUACCUGCCCCGGCACAGUGUGGGGCUGGCCCAGCUACUGCUCUUCGCCCAGCAGAUCUGUGAGGGCAUGGCCUACCUGCACGCGCAGCACUACAUCCACCGAGACUUGGCUGCCCGCAACGUGCUGCUGGACAACGACAGGCUGGUCAAGAUCGGGGACUUCGGCCUGGCCAAGGCUGUGCCUGAAGGCCAUGAGUACUACCGCGUGCGCGAGGACGGGGACAGCCCCGUGUUCUGGUAUGCCCCGGAGUGCCUGAAGGAGUGUAAGUUCUACUAUGCAUCUGACGUCUGGUCCUUUGGGGUCACCCUGUAUGAGUUGCUGACCCGCUGUGACUUCAGCCAGAGCCCCCCCUUGAAAUUCAUCGAGCUCCUAGGCCUCACCCAGGGACAGAUGACGGUGCUGAGGCUCACUGAGUUGCUGGAACGAGGGGAGAGGCUGCCGCGCCCUGAGGCAUGUCCCUGUGAGUUUUUCCUUUCCCAGAUCUAUUACCUCAUGAAGAACUGCUGGGAGGCAGAGGCCUCAUUCCGCCCGACCUUCCAGAACCUCAUCCCCAUCCUUAAGACAGUCCAUGAGAAAUACCAAGGCCAGGCCCCCUCAGUGUUCAGUAUGUGCUGAGGCAUCCUGGCAGCUCUGUGUGGGAGGAGGUUGGGCCAGGCAGUACCCAAGAUGGACCCCGGGGGGAGUCCUCCACACCCACUCCUGUGCCUUACUCCUUUCUGGAGACCCUGCCUUUGUGAACUAACUUGCCUUCUUUGGACGUGAGCCUGACUCAGGUCCCUGAGGGAGCUGGGAAGGGUGGGGCAGGGUGCUAUUGAAGCCCUUGAAUCUGAUCCUCUUGCCUUCUCCCAGCCCUGCCCUUUGGACUCACUCCCCACUCUGGGCCAGUAAUGAACUUCUCUUUCCUCUGCUGGAGGCUGUGGCCCUUGGGGACCUUGUUCAGCCAGGCAGGCCGACUGAGGUCUGGUCUCUUGGGGACUGCAGUUAGCAUGAGACACUUGGCAGAGGAGGCUGAAUUCAUCUGUUUAACGUUUACUCACAUUUGACUCACCAGCUAGCACCUGGACUGUUGCCUGGUACACAGAAGGCACUUAGUAACUACUAGUUGAGUGCAGAGUCUUUGGGGGUCCACAUGCCCUGUAGAUAAGACUGCCAG